AUGGCAAAACUUUACGAGGAUGAAUUUGUUAUUGUGACUGAAUGUGCGGUGAAAAUCAAAAACUAUCAUUUCCCAUCGAAAAAAAUGCGAUGCAUACCGGUCGAAGUAAUCACUAUUCUCUGGUUUGAGGAGCAAGACACAAGUAAAUGUCCGACAAAAAUAUGGGGAAAAUCGACGGCAUCAAUUUAUUGGGCGCUUGACGUUAAAAGGUGCAUACCUGCGGGGAAUUGUGGCCGAUACAAUAUUGUCGUGGAUGUUGGACAGAAAAUCCGUGCCGGAUUCACAGUUACCGACUGUGAUAGUUUCAUGGAUGCGAUGCGAUCGGUGCUUGACUACCAUGUGAUCAUUGUGGACACCAUAAACCUCUAG